UUUCUUGGAAUGACUCUAAUGACAUCCCCUCUGAUGCACUCUCUUCCUCUGUUCUCACUACCUAUGACUUCCAUGAUAGAUCCACUUCCCUAUUUGUACCCGAGUCCUCUAUUCCUAAUGAAUCUAUUUUACUAGAGAACUAUUUCCCAGUCCCUUCAGACUCUUUCUACAAAAAAGUUUCUGAAGAAAAAUUACAGUCACCUGUGCAUGAAGAUGAUACUGAUGCUCACUCAUCUCAAUCUUUUGAGGAAAAUGACUCUGCUGUACAUUCACCAUCCUCUCUGAAUGAUGAUGAGCAGUCAUCAUCAUCUCUGCUUGAUGAUAUUCAUUCCCCAUCAUCUCUAAUCAAUGGUGUUCAUUCCCCAUCUUUGCAUGAUAGUAAUUCUCCAUCUUCUCAGAUAGAUGUUUCAUCCUCAUCUUCUCUUCAUGAAGAUGUGUAUUCUUCAUCUUCUUUGCAUGAUGAUGUACAUUCCCAGUCUUCUCUGCAUGAUGAUGCACUUUCCUCAUCUUCUCAGCUUGAUGAAGCACAGUCCCCAUCGUCUUUGCACGAAAUGAUUUCUCUUUCCUCUCAUCAAGAUGAUAUUUCUUCUUCACAUUCUUUACAGGAGGACAUUCACCCCCCAUCAGUACAUGAGGAUAUUUUUUCUCCACCUUCACUUCAUGAAGUAGAUCAUACUUGGUCUCCCCAUGAAGAACCUCAGUUACAGAAGGAUAUGCAUUCCCCAUCUCCUCUUGGUAGUGUCCAUUUUCCAUAUCCACAGGAGGAUUCACAUUUCCCAUCUCUACAUGAUGAGAUCCAUUCUCUGGCUGUGCAGGAAGAUGUACUUUCUCCAUCUCUGCAUCAAGAAGUCCAUUUCCCAUUUGUACUAGAAGAAAUCCAUUCUCAAUCUGUACAUGAAGAGGUUCAUUCCCCAUUGGUACAUGAAGAGGUUCAUUCCCCAUUGGUACAUGAAGAGGUUCAUUCCCCAUCUGUAGAUGAAGAGCUUCAUUCCCCAUCUGUACAUGAAGAGGUUCAUUCCCCAUUGGUACAUGAAGAGGUUCAUUCCCCAUCUGUACAUGAAGAGGUUCAUUCCCCAUCUGUACAUGAAGAGGUUCAUUCCCCAUCUGUACAUGAAGAGGUUCAUUCCCCAUUGUACAUGAAGAGGUUCAUUCCCCAUCUGUACAUGAAGAGGUUCAUUCCCCAUCUGUACAUGAAGAGGUUCAUUCCCCAUCUGUACAUGAAGAGGUUCAUUCCUCAUCUGUACAUGAAGAGCUUCAUUCCCCAUCUGUACAUGAAGAGCUUCAUUCCCCAUUUGUACAUGAAGAGGUUCAUUCCCCAUCUGUACAUGAAGAGCUUCAUUCCCCAUCUGUACAUGAAGAGCUUCAUUCCCCAUCUGUACAUGAAGAGGUUCAUGCCUCAUCUGUGCAUAACAAGACCAAUUUCCCAUUCGUAUAUGAAGAAGACAAUUCUGCAUCACUUGAGGAUCUUUCUUCUCAAUCAUCUCAUGGAGAUGUCCAGUCUCAGUUUCCCCUUCACAUGAGUACUCAUUCUCAUUCUCCUAUACAUGUAGAGGUCCAUUCCCCUUCUUCUCAACAAGAAGAUAUCCAUUCCCCAUCUCAUCAACUUGAUGUCACUUCCCCAUUUUAUCAGAAUGAGGCUAACCCCUUCCUGUCUGAUGAUAAAAUUAGUUAUCCAUCUCUACCUGAGAAGACUUACUCUCCAUCUCUUCCUGAGGAGACUCACUUUCCAUUUCUUCCUGGAGAGACUCACUCAUCUCAGCAUGGAAUUCUCCAGUCCCCUACUUUACAGGAAAACAUCCAUAUUCCAUCUUCUCUUCCAGAGGAUGUUCAUUCUCCAUCAUAUUCAGACAAUGUAUAUUCCCCCUUUUCUCUUCACAAUAGUAAUCAUUCACCUGCACUUCAUGAGAAUGAUUCCAUUUUCAAUUAUCCAGGUUCUAUCCAAGAAAAUGAUUCCAAUGAUAAUUCAUUAUCCUCACUUGGGGAGAAGGAUUCACCAUUUCAUGAGGAUAUAUAUUCUCCAUCAUCCCAACUAAAGAAUGUCCAGGCAUAUGCAUCAUCACAUGAAGUUACUGAGUCCCCCUCAAUGUUUGAGCAUCCCCACAUGUCUCAUCAAGAAAAUGAAAACACUGAUUUAUCAUUUUCUCUGCAUGUAAAUGAAAUGGAUUCAGACAUUGAAGAAAUACAUUCACCUACACAGAGCGAGUUGCAUGUAGAAGAAAUUGAGAAUGAUUCAGAUCAACCUGGUUCACUUCCUGAGGUCAAGCCAAGUUAUGUAAUUGAAGAUGUGGCAGACAGCAGUUCUGAACAUAAUGACAGUGAUAUUGUAGUAAUACAGAAGUCUUCAAAUGUGAUAGCAGCAGAAUCAUUCACAGGUGUUAAUGAAAAUGAAGAUUUUGGGUCCUACUCUUAUGAAUUUAAAACUGAAAAUCUGUUAGAAUCUUCAUUACCAAAUACUCAGCUUGAAGACCUUGCAGAAUCAACAGUUUUAAUGAAUCCACCAUCUGACUUCCCCAAUGAGCUGAUGACACCCUUUGACACAAAUAUGAUCUUGAAUACAGAUCAAUUAGAAAAUCCUGUGAUUGACAUCACCCCUGAGUUCGAGUUGAGUGGUGCAUUAGAAACCGCCAUGUUAGAAAUAAAGUCACCAAAUGCUGAGAUCAAAGCUAAUGUGUCUGUUGCAUCUACUCCUGAAAGUAGUCUGGAGUCGAUGGUCAUUAAAUCCGAUGCUGAGCCUGAGCCUAUUAAUGUGAAUCCACUAUUUCCAAAUGAUAUGCACAGUUACCAAGAAUCUUCUCCUGACAUGAUUAAGUAUGAGGCAUCCACAGCUAAUGUGAGUCAGAGUUGUCAAUUGUCAGAUUUGAAUGAAAAUCUAGAAAAUACUUCAGAUUCAUUUGUGUCUGAUUGGGAGACACAUGAACUGGAUUUUCACCCAGUUGUUGAAGGCCAACAAGAGAGUGCAAUUGAAUCUCAGUUAUUGGAACAAGAAAUAGAAAAUUCUGAUGAUCUGAGUGUACUUGAAAUUAAAGCAGCACAUUCUUUUGAUUCCUUUACAGUUGAUGGAAAACAAGAAAGUAUCCCCAAGUUUCCCAUUGCUGAGAAAGAUCAAGAAAUCUCCAUGGUAUCUUCAGAAUUUGAGACAGGACCUGUAAGUCAUCCCAUGUCUGUCUUUGAAGUAGAGCCAGAAAAUAAUGAACAGUCUAUAUUUGAGAAGCAAGAAGUUACCUCAGAUGUUGUAGCUGAAGAGACUUUUGAGGACCUGAAAUCUUCUGUGGUAGAGCAAGUAGAAAUCCAGGAAAGAAUCUUAGACUCAGAUAUUAAGUCAGGAUUUUCAUAUGAAUGUGGUGGUUCUACGGAUGAGGUUGAUGUUCAUCCACAGUCAGUUGACUAUGACACAAAGGUAGAACCCUCUCUUGACAAUUCAGCAUCUUUACUAAAGAUUACCACGGAAUUUACCCUGAAGGAACCAAAAGAAAACCUUGCUCUCACUUCAUUAUCUGAAGAACAGCAAAAUGAUGAUGCAGAUUCCCCCUUUAUUAGCAUCAAUCGGGAAAGUCCCACAGAUUGGCCUAAUUAUGAAUACCUUAGAAUAGAAGAACCAGACUCCCCAGCCAUUAUUCAUGAAGAAAAUAGAAUUUUUGAAUUUAAGGACUCUCAAACUAAAUCAGACAAUGCACCUUUGAGAUUAAAUGCCCUUGAUUUUACAACAGACAGUCCAUCAAGGUCUCUUGCACUGGAAACUAAACCAUAUAGCCCUGAAGAGUCUUGUGAAUUUGAGAUUGAGUCAGACAACCUUGCUAAGACUCGGGCCUUUGAAGUUAAACAUGAUAUUUUUGAUAUUGAUAUUAACAAAUUUGAGGAAACAGAAACACCUCUUUCUCCUGAGAAUAUCAUUAGUAAUCAGCCAGAAUUGCAUAGUAUGUAUGAAAAUAAAGAGGAAUUACAAGAUUUCUCAGUUUAUACAGAUGAAUUGGACCCCCCUGAAGAACCUCACACAUAUGACAACAAAUUGGAAGUGCAUGUAGAAACAUUUCCUCAGAAUACAAAUAAGACACAAACUGAAUCUUUGGUCUGUAUGGAUGAGCAGAAAGACUUAGAGGCACAUGCUGAAAUUCAAGACUUGGGUAAACAGUUUGAUUUUGAAAACCAACAUGAUGAUGGGAAGGAAUUUGAGUCUAACUUUGAGAACUAUUUAGCAGAGCAUAUGCUUGAAAGUGAUGAGGAGAGUACAAGAGAGCAUCAUUCCCUAGGUCAUUUGCCAGAAAACUUUGAUGGUAUUGAAAGGGAUAUUGAUUUAGUAUUUAAAUCAGACUCUCAUAAAUUUGAUGAUCAGCAUUUUACAUUAUCAACUGAUAUGAAUACUCCAUCAUUUUCUAGGCGUUCAUCAUCUGAGAGAACGUUUGACCAUUUUUCAGCUGGGAGUAAUAUUGAUAAUCAACAAGAAGUAUUUAAACUUAGAAAUGAACCUGCACUUAAGGAAUACAAUCCAUUUGAGAAUCCUGAUGAUAAUGUGAAUGUAUCAGCCCAGGAUUCUGUUUUACUAAACACUUCCACUGGUCCUUUCGAUAAUAUCUCAAAUACUAUUCCAGCAGAAUCCUCUGCAUCAUUAAAACUAAUUAAAAGUCAUACAGAGUUUCCCAUUAGUACUGACAUAACAAACAGUGAGACAGAAACUCUUACCUCUCAAUUGGAAGGCAAAAGCAAUAUUGAAUCUUUCUAUGGAAAUAAUGAAUCUGAACACCAUUUGAAUUUUCAUAUGGGUGAUGAGUGUUCAACAUAUGCAACCCACUCUGAUAAAACUAAAAAGGUUUUCCCUUCUGAACAUAUUUCUGAUGCAAUGAUGUUUGAAAUUGAACCAGACCUGUAUAACAGAUUACAGGACACCCCAGCUGAAAAUCAGAGUCAUACAGAUGAUAUUUCUUCAUCACCAGUAUUUGAUGGGAACCCCUUUACUUUUGAUCAUAAUCAUAAAAGAGGUGAACAGAAUGUGGUAAAUAACACUCCUUUCUCAUCACAGUUCAGCUCUCAUGACACUGAUGAGGUAAAUGUCAUAAAGUCUUCCUCUUUUGAAAAUACCUCUCAGUUCUUUGAUGAACCUAUCCCCACAGAGCAAACCUCCUUUAGACAAUUUUCACAAACAGAGAAUAAAUCUGAGACCUCUGCUGAAUCAUUCCCUAACGAGGAUUCCCAACCACAAACAGAUACUUCCAUUACUAGAAUUAAAAGUGAAUAUCUUGGGGUUUCUUCCCCAAUUGACAUUGAUUAUCAGACAAAAUCUUAUAGCAUUACACAGGAAAACAACAGUGAUCUUGAGGAUUACAGCACUCAAGGAGUCAAUAGGGAGCUCAACAAGAGUAAUAACCCUUUUGAUAGUGGUUACAACAAUGGAAGCAAUCUUUUCCUGGAAGAGAAUGUGUCUGAGAGUAGUGAUUCUAGUUUCCCUGCUGAGACGACCCAUACUCUUCAUUCUGUAAAUGGCACAACUAUAGAUAAGUUAAACAAUUCACAGUCUGUCAAUAGCAUGAACUUUCAACAUUCAAAUUCUUCAGUUCAUUAAAUGAUAUGCUUCUCAAGCACUCUUUUACAUGUAGGAGAUUUAUAUUAGUAUGCACAUUUCAACUUAAUCUUAGCCCUCUCGCUAUCACGCCGUAUGGGAAAAUAUCCAUCCGCUAAUUACCUGAUGAUGAAAUUUUCAUCAUGCAUUUUCCAACCGUUUCGUCAUCCAGUGAGCUAUAUGUUAUGGUUAUUUCCAGGUGUUUUCACAAAUUUUUUGUCACCUUGCAAGUCACAGAGCCUUGCUGGGAGAUCAAGGUAGACUCAUUUUUGUCUCCCCAGCAACCUCAUUGUCAAGUUUGCCACAUGACCUCACUCAAGGCACAUUGUAUGCUCAUUUGCACACUUACCUCAGCCUUUUUUUCUCUCAAUCUGAGCUGUUUGUACACAAUUUCCAUGCUGGAAUUCGGUGCAGAGACCAAAACAAGUGUUUUUGUUUUUUCCAAUAACAUUUUCAGUCACUUUCUGCAAGCCUAGGAGGCUGAAUUUUUAUAUGAAUUGCUUGAAUCAUUUUAUUUUUCUAAGAAAUAUAUUCAGACGCCAAGAAGUAAUUAAAAGUACGGUUAUUUUUAUAAAAUAUUUUUCAACUUCUAAUUUUGGGGAAAUGCACAUUUUUUUUUUCUUCUCCAUUACAUGCAUACACCAUCCUACUUACAGGAUGUGCAAAAAAUAAUCAAAGAAUAACUUGCCAUAAGCCCCC